AUUGUCUAAACUUGGAGCAGGCAUAUUUUUACUCCUCGGUGACAGUAUAUAAAGGAACAAUUGGCAUUGUGUAUGCUGGCUGGCUAGUUGGCACAGAAGGGGCAGAAGGAACAGCAACACCAUGUCUCCAAAAAAGGCAAAGAAGAAGACAGAAGGAGGUGGUUCCAAUGUAUUCUCCAUGUUCGAUCAAACCCAGAUUCAGGAGUUUAAAGAGGCUUUUACCAUCAUGGAUCAGAAUAGAGAUGGCUUCAUUGACAAAGCAGACCUGAGAGAUACAUUUGCCGCACUAGGUCGUUUGAAUGUCAAGAAUGAAGAGCUAGAAGCCAUGGUGCAGGAAGCUCCAGGUGCCAUUAACUUCACUAUUUUCCUGACUAUGUUUGGUGAAAAACUGAAAGGCACGGACCCAGAAGAGACCAUUCUGAAUGCUUUUAAGAUUUUCGACCCAGAAGGAAAAGGCCACAUAAAGGCAGACUACAUCAAAGAAAUGCUUAUGACACAGGCAGACCGAUUCAGUCAAGAAGAGAUCAGCCAGAUGUUUGCUGCUUUCCCUCCAGAUGUCUCCGGUAAUCUUGACUAUAAGAACCUUUGUUAUGUUAUCACCCAUGGUGAGGAGAAGGACUAAGAGGAGAUGAGCUUCUCCUCUGAAGAGAUCUUAUGCUGCAUUAUUUCCCAGUGCUUUUGUAUGGGGGACAGAGAGCUUAGCAUUCAGCGUGCUGAAACCAUAUGGUCAUCAGAACAGAACCAAUAAAACAAUUGAAAUUAGAUUAAAGUUAUGCUUCUGUUUUUAGAAAAGCUGAAAAUACCAAUUUUGUUAGUUUUGCCCAUCCCCUUUUUUCCCAUCAGUGGUUUGAAGUGGAAUUUUCUUGACGAACUGGUACUUUCAUGAUUUAUUGACCGUUCUAAUGUUCACCAGAUGGUCCACUGGGCAGUGCAGUGUUGCUUAACCUUUUGUCUUUUAUACAUGAGUGCCACAAACUCAUUCAGAAAUGCUCUAGCUUAUUGCAUUGGGAAGAGCAUUUUGUAAAUAGAAUUCUAUUCCAUUUCACAGCCCCUUACAAUGAAAGUGUAAAUAAAAAAAUAAGUUUUUGUCUUC